AUGUUGCGAUCAAGGUCAGGCUUAGCAUCGCGAGCGCUACGGCGCGCGGCGCCGCGGACGCAUGUUCCGGUCAGGCGCUUCGCCAGUGUUCGCGCGGAAGAGAAGGACCCCGUCGAGCUUGACCAGAUCACCACCCUCCCUAAUGGCAUUCGAGUCGCGACCGAGGCACUCCCCGGGCACUUUUCUGGAAUUGGCGUCUACGUCGAUGCCGGCUCCCGUUACGAAACCCCCGAACUCCGCGGCGUGUCGCACAUUAUAGAUCGGUUAGCGUUCAAGUCUACUACAAAGAGGACGUCGGACCAGAUGCUGGAGAUGCUGGAAUCACUUGGUGGCAACAUCCAAUGCUCAUCGAGCAGAGAAAGCUUGAUGUAUCAGUCGGCCACUUUCAACAGCAGAGUUGAAGACUGCGUCGGUCUGCUUGCCGAGACUAUUCGCGACCCGUCAAUCACGCAGGAGGAGGUCGAACAGCAACUGGAUACCGCGGCGUAUGAGAUUAACGAGAUCUGGAGCAGGCCGGAGCUCAUCCACCCAGAGCUGGUGCACAUGGCGGCCUACAAAGACAACACCCUGGGCAACCCGCUGCUUUGCCCUGAAGCAAGGCUGCAGGAAAUCGACAGGAAUGUGGUGGAGGCAUACCGCAGGACCUUCUUCCGGCCGGAGAGGAUGGUAGUUGCUUUCGCUGGUGUCAACCACGAGGAAGCGAUCAAGCUCUCCGAGCAGUACUUCGGCGACAUGAGCAAGGCACCGCUGCUCUCACAGGUCGGUGGUCAGGCGAAUCUCAAUGCCGAAGACCAAUCCACGAUCACUUCUACGCCUCCGAACGUUGCGUACGGCGCCACUAACCCUCAAGAAUCAUCCAAGUUGUUUGGAAAGAUUCCUUUCUUCAGUAAUCGCACCAUCUCCGCCCAGCAAACCAAGUCUACUCUCACCACUUCCGCUUUCUCUGGGUCUGAGCUCAGCCGACCCGCUCAUUACACCGGCGGAUUCCUAAAAUUACCUCACAUCCCACCACCACCCAACAUGGCGCUGCCGCGCCUCUCGCACAUCAACCUAGCUUUCGAAACGCCAGGCAUCGACUCCGACGACAUUUAUGCACUAGCAACCCUGCAGACUCUUUUGGGCGGUGGCGGCUCCUUCUCUGCCGGUGGUCCUGGAAAGGGCAUGUAUUCCCGCCUCUACACCAACGUGCUGAACCAGUACGGCUGGGUUGAGUCGUGCACAGCUUUCAACCACUCGUACAAAGACUCUGGCCUCUUUGGUAUCAGUGCCUCCUGCGAGCCUCAUAGUGUCGGCCACAUGCUUGAUGUCAUGUGUCGUGAGCUUGCUUCCCUAUCGGCGCCUGCGGGCUUCCAUGCGCUCAAGCAGGGCGAAGUCCAGCGUGCCAAGAACCAGCUUCGUUCGUCGCUGCUUAUGAACUUGGAGAGCCGCAUGGUGGAGCUGGAGGAUUUGGGCAGGCAAGUGCAAGUGCACGGCCGCAAGGUCGGUGUCAUGGAGAUGUGUGCAAAGAUCGAGAAGGUCACGAUCCAGGAUCUGCGUCGGGUGGCUUCGGAGGUGUUUGGCGGCAUGGUCAAGAACGCCGGCGAUGGCAGCGGCGCGCCUACGGUGGUGUUGCAGGAGGGCCUCUACGAUGGAGAGGCACCAUCGCAGAAGAAAAGCUUCGAGUGGAAGGACAUCCAGGAGAGGAUUGCUAGGUGGCAACUGGGCAGACGGUAA